AUGAUGGAGAAAUAUUUCGCAAAUGUAAUUAAGGCGAGCAUCGUCACAAGAGUUUCGUCAAUGCCCUGGGCAGUGUUCACAAUUUUCAAGAGGGUCAUAAAAUGUUUAUCGCUCGAUUCUCUUUCCACAUCACAAAGAAAAUUCAUCGGUUUUAGUGUUUUAUGGUCUCUUCCAUCAACCGUUGGUUCGCCGAUAAACUCUACAUUGUCUAAAUCAUUUGGUUAUUCAAAUUGA